AUGCGCAUUCACAUCCAUUUCCAACAGCUGAUGUACUGGAUCAAUGAGUACACCUCUACCCUGGGCAUUGGUGUGUUCCAUUCAGGCAUCGAGAUUUACGGCCGAGAGUUUGCCUAUGGGGGCCAUCCUUAUCCUUUCAGUGGGGUCUUUGAGAUCACACCUGGAAGUGCAGUGGAGCUGGGAGAAACCUUUAAAUUCAAAGAAGCCAUAGCCCUGGGCACCACUGACUUCACAGAAGAAGAUGUGGACAAGAUCUUGGAGGAGCUGGGGAAGGAGUACAAAGGCAAUGCCUACCACCUCAUGCACAAGAACUGCAACCACUUCUCAGAUGCCCUGGCAGAGAUCCUGUGUGGUCGGGAGAUACCUCGUUGGGUGAACCGCCUGGCCUACUUCAGCUCCUGCAUCCCUUUUCUACAGAGCUGUCUCCCCAAGGAAUGGCUAACCCCAGCGGCCUUGCAGACCCAUAUAGGCCUUGGUCUACGCAAAGAGGACUCAGGCAGCACGGCAGAUGAGGAGGUCCCCUCCACCUCAGGCACGUCAAGGACCUGCAAACACACACGUGUCUGA